AUGCGACCUCCGAAAUCCGGCCGUCUUCGACCGUUCGCCCGCAUGGUUUCUUAUCCGUCCUUCAAAAAACGGCCAUUUGCGGUAGCAGCUUCUGGUUCUGCGGUGAGACCAGUUCUCUUGCUUUUUGUCCACACGUGCCCGGCUGUUGUAGUGUUUACGGGCGGUAUUACGUAGUGGUUUUAUGAUGUUCGUCCACUCCUUUCCCUUUUUUCGCGCCUCUCGUCCAUCGUUACAUUUUUCAAACUCGAUUCCCAUCGUUUGUUUUCAGAUUCAGAUGGAUUUCUCAGAGGAUCAGAUUCGCGGAUUGUCGCAUCAUGAAUUGCUCGAUCAGUUUCUGCGAAUGCGUGAGGAAUUCAUCGACUAUCAAACGAGUUCGUCGGAAAUUGAAAAAAUGAUGGACACCGAAGUGGACGAUCUCAGAAAUCAGCUGAAAAAAUCGGAGAGCCGAAUGCAACAAUUGUCCAAUGAUCAAAUGCGAAAUAAGGUAGAGUUUUUUCUUCCUUAUAAUCGGAAACAACAAAUAAUUUGCAGGAUCGAGCAGAAGAGUCGAGAGCUCAAUGGGCACAGGUAGAAGAGCAGCUGCGAAGAGAAAACACACAGUUGCGUGAGCAGUGUGAGCAGCAGAAAGAGCGGAUUCGAAAGCUGGAGCAACGGAAUGACGUGCUCGAGACAUCCGAAAGAAACAAAGAAUAUCUUGCAUCCGAUCUCGGCACUAAACUCGACCAUGCAAUCGAAAAGAUCGCCAUGCUGGAGAGCGAAUUGUACGAGAGACAGGUGGCCUCCGAGGAGAUGCACCGAUUGCGGGAGGAGCUCCGAACUACCGAAAGGCCUCGUCUGGUCGUCGAACCGCUUCGCAACGACCCAGAAGUGCUACCAGAUGAGCCUUCACCUGGUCCAAGCAAAGAAGAUUUGACAAUGUGUGAGUAUCCUUUAUUUCAUUCAAAAUUAUGCGUUCGUUCUUUGUAGGCUCUGACGAUGUUCAUAUGGAAGACGUUCAACACGACGACUUCCACAUGGAGGAAACGAUUACAAAGAUCGAGGAAGUUUGCAUUGACGACAAUAAGAACAUUCAGGCGAAGGUGCGGCAGUUGUUUGCGUUUGCUCCCUUUGGAGCAGUGACUCCGGAAGGCGCACUAAUAUUUGUGUGCCCUUUUAUGAUCUUUCUUGUUCAAAGUUGUCCUAGCUUACAGAAUGCUCGCGUAUCUUCCGGGACCGGCGCUGGUGCGUGCAUCAAUCGGAUCGUCAAGGAUCUGAUGACAAAGGUGGAAAGACUCGACUCGAUUCUGUCGACGAUCCGUGUCACCGGAACCUCAAAUAACGCCAAUCACCUCACGACUACACGGGCCUAG